UGCACUGGGAUUUAAAGAGUUAACGCUCCAGUUCCAUGGAUUGCCGACAGUUCCAGGUACCUGUCUCAGAAGAGAAACUACAGAAUGAACUACAGCACCCGGCAGACUUUGCUGUUCCAUUUCCAUGCUCCACUGGGGGGGAAAGAUAAGAUUGACUGGGAGUCAUGGGAUGGCCUCUCUUUUUUGCCUUCCCUGUCUCUUUCUCUGCUCGUCUCUGCGGUGUGUGCUUCCCAGCCAUCCCGCCUCCAGCAUUACAGCAAGGCCUUUGCUUUUUGGAUGCUCUCAUUUAUUCGACUGCUUAGCUUCAAUUCCAAUUACAUUGUACUGAAUUGUGUUCUCUCGCAUUAUGCUAUCAUAUCAGUUUUUUCUCCCAUAGCUCGUUGCCUCUGUUUUGUAUUUAGGCCCACCUCCCUGCCUUUUUCCCUUCCUAUCUUCUGCCUUUCCAGAGGUGUGUGCCCGUGGGUCCCUCAGCCCCACUUAAUCACAGAACUAGGCCAAACCGGGCCAGAACCACGGCAUUAGCACAGCUAAGAGCCCCUCCGCCUCCUUUUCUUCCACGGGCUCCCUGAUGGAUUUCUCAGAAACUGUGGGAAAUAAAAAAAUGGAGAGAAAUGAGGUGACCAGUUCUCUGGACAGGAAGGGAAAUCCCUAUCACCUUUCCCGAGUUGUGCCCUCUCCAUGGUCGUGACCUAACAGGGUUCCAGGUGACACGGGCUGAUGUCACAAUGCGAUGCACUGCAUCACAAGGAUAUCAUCCCUGGGGCAGCGGCAGCGCCGGCACUUCCCUACGGGGCCUGGGCGCUGCUGCAGCACUGCUCAGGGGCUCUGUCCUUCUGUGGCCAGGAGUCGGGUCAGGGGCAGCGAGGCUGCACUGGGCGACCCUCGCUAACGCGUGGAGGAGCAGGGAUACCUCGCAGAGAAUUGUUGGUUGAGGAGCCAGGGAGAGCAUCCCUUGUUCUGAGCUGAGGGCCAUCGGCAGGCAACAUGGAGGGCUGCUGGACUAUGACCAUCAGCUCAGAGCUGGUCUCCACGUUCCCAGUGCUCCUGCAACUCUCUGCCAAGGAGGUUGUGGAGAUCUGGAAUGCUGUGUCUUCUUAUAUCCUGGACCAGCUGAAGCUGGGCAAGGGAGUCCUGGUUGCGGGACUCGGGGCCUUUGCGGUGGUCCAAGAGCAAUUCCACCACGAAGAAGGUGCUGUUGCAGUUCGAAGACCUGUCUUUCACCUGGACAUCGAUGCACAGUGGCUGCAGGACUUCCAGUCUCCCACUGAGAUCAUCCCUGACGAUGUCAGCAUGGAGCCGCUGAACUACUGGCGGCUAUCGCAAGCCACCGGCAUCCCGCUGUACGUGGUGCGGAGCUGUGUGCAAGAGACCGUCCUCUUGUACCGUCUCCUCCUGAGCACCAGAGUGCACGUCCCAUUCGCCUUCAAGGGCAUCGGCGUCCUGACGUGUGAAGAUAACCUCCUUUGCAUGAGGUUCUAUCACAGCUGUGUUACGGCGCUGGAGGGGACUGCAAGCAUGCUCGCAUUCGUUGUCAGUAGAAUUUGGCCGGGACAUCCCGUGGACUUCAGCCCAGAGACCACCGCUCACGGGAUCCAGAUGUUCCCGAGGUUUCAGCUGACUGUGAAAAAGAGCGGAGCAGAGGCCACCUCCAGCACGAGAGCUGCAGGAGAGCGCAGGAUCAGCGGAGGUGCAGGGGGCUCUGCCGGCAGGCUGUUGCAGAGAAGGGAGACGCUUCCCCCCUCCAUGUUGCCGAGCUGGGAGACAGGCACAUGGCAGCAAGAGACAGCAAAGAAGCCUUCUGCCAGCGUGCUGCCGCCGUGUCCAGGCAGCUCCCUCUGGAAAAAGACGUCGGGCCGCCGGGAAGCAGCUCCUCCAGCCCAGCCCAGCACGGCACUCCCUGCAACGGAAGGCUCAAAGAGAGCGCUGCAGGAACUCUGGGAAGCGUCUGCGCCAUGGGACAGCGUGGAGCACGUGUGGCCUAUGUACCAUGAGGAGGUACUGCGAACACGGGCAGAAAGGGCAGCAUGGGACGGCUGGAGCACAGGGGAGGACCAGCAGCCACCCCAGGUACCGACAGGGAUCGACACCACUGACAGCAGGGCUGAGUCUCCAUAUUGCCAGGACCUGCUGUGGGGCCGUUGCCAGAGGGGCUCCGGGAAACAGCCCCCGCGCUCCCGGCCGGCUUUGCUGACACUGUCUCCUCCUUGGCAGCGGUUCGACGAGACACGCGCUUGGGCUCCACGUCCUCCAGCACAGCCCAGGCGACAGCAGGCAGGGCGGAGGUGGAGGAAGGCUGAGGGCCCAAUACCAUCAAAUCAAAUGGGAACAGCUUCCAAGCUGGUACUCCAGGCCGACCUCCUUUCCCCAAGAGCAGCUCAGGUGCUGAGAAGGCUGGAGCCGCACCUACACCAGCAGGAGGCUUUUGCCAGCAUGGCAGAAAGAAACAGGCAAAAGCAAGCGCAGAAGCGGCAGCACCCCUGCUCUCAGUGCUGGUACCGUUUCAGAGGGAAAGAUGCUGAGAACGAUGGUGGCAGCGGUGGAGCUCCCGGCAGGGGGGCUGGGAAGCUGUCCAGCUUUCCACCUCUGUAAAGCAAACAAAGGUGACGAUACAAACUUUAUUUGAGACAUAGGCGCCAUACAACAAGAUAUCAAGGAAAGAGGAACCAACUCACCCCUCCCAGCAACACCCUGGAAAAAAGCGCGAGCUGAAGAACGCAGCCUGCUCCGGUUCGAACUCUGGCGCGGCGGAGAGAAGGAAGAGGGUGGGGGAAAAUCACGCAGACUCAGACUGCAUACGCGCUCCUGGAAGCACCGCUGAGCUGGGGAGAGAGGAAGGAGUGGAUGUAGGCUCCCCCCGCGCCAGGCACUCACGUGCUCACGUACUGGUUCAGGCUGCGACCUAGUUUUUCCACUGUACAUCUCUGAAUGGAAAAUAAAAUCUAUUGGUGUUUCUCUCA